ACAAACGACGACGGACUUCCUUUUCUCCUCUGGCAGGAAGGAGAGAGAGAGAGAGAGAGAGAGAUCCAACAGGGAGGUCGUUUAUUUCCUGAGAAAAUGGAAUGACAACGAAAUCCUCGUAUAGCCAAAAAAUCCCCACGUCUCCACGACAACCUCUCUCCCCAAGAAAAAAAAAUCAAAACUAAAUUCUCCGAUGGGGGCAGAGACCUCCUCGAACUCCGAAAAUGGUGGCGGUGGUGGUGGGACCACCGCCAAUAACGAGACCCAAGUUGUUCUAAACGUCUACGACCUCACCCCUCUCAACAAAUACACCGUCUGGUUCGGUUUCGGAAUCUUCCAUUCGGGUAUUGAAGUCCAUGGAAUGGAAUAUGGCUUUGGAGCCCAUGACUUCCCCAUUAGUGGAGUAUUUGAGGUGGAACCUAAAACCUGCCCUGGUUUCAGCUUCAAACGUUCCAUUUCACUUGGUCAUAUAAAUAUGCCUCCAUCUGAAUUUAGGACAUUUGUUGAGACGAUGGCCUCCGAGUAUCAUGGGAAUACCUAUCACCUCAUCUCCAAGAAUUGCAACCAUUUUACAGACGACAUUGCGUGGAGACUGACUGGCAAACACAUCCCUGGGUGGGUAAAUAGGCUUGCCCGGCUAGGGGCUUUAUGCAGUUGUUUGCUCCCUGAAAGCCUUCAAGUAACUACUGUUAAACAGCUGCCCGAGUACCAUACAGAAGAAGAUGGGACUGAGUCUUCGUCCACUGCGACCCACGAGUCAGCAGCAGAAAGCGAUGAAGAUCAAGAUAAGGGCCUCCUGUCACCUUCUGCUGGUAACUCAGAUGUUACAUUUAUUAAGGAGAGAUCCAAAGGUGAUAUUAUUCUGCCUUCGGGAAAUUGAUGUUUUGAUUUUUUUGAAUGGGUGGAAGGGGGGAAUUCUUCAUUCGCCGGUCUUUCAUAGCAAAGUUGCGAAUCCUCCUCUCUCAUGGCUUGUAUGGAUUGUUGUUAGGUCACUUCACUGUAACGUAUUCCAUUUCCUUUUCCACUUUUUGCGUCUUUAUAUAAUUCAGGCGGGAACCGGGAGUGAAGGAUCUAGAGAUGGAAGGAAGUUGGUUGUAUUGAUGAUGUAGAAAUUUUGUACUAUACUUCGAGCAAUUGGAAAUGACAUCUCCAUCGGCUAUUCCAUUGGAGUCUUUGUUUCAAGUUGUUUGUUUUGCGGUUGCGUGACGAUCGUCUAGGUCAAGGUUUCUGCUAGUUUGUCUUGUGACCCUUGCUCUGAUGACUGUGGUUAUGCUAUGUAGUAGUAUCUUGAAAUUCUUGUAAUCUUAAUUUACCGCUAAUGAAGAUCUUAUUAUUCGAGAGAAGUAA